CGGGUCGUCGUCGUCGUUUGUUCGUUCGCUCCUCAGCUACAUACAGCUCCUGAAAAAGAGGGUUUCAAAACAUGGCGACAACUAUUGCUAUUGUUUGAAAAGAAGUGAAAAAAACGGAGUGCAAUUCUUGCGGCACAACCGGUCGGUUAGUUGAACUAAAGUUUGACAUCUGAAGAAUCGGCUACGUCGCGUUUCCGGGUUCGGUGCCUGCUGGAAACCUUUUUCUCUUCCGGUGAGAGCAGCCGCUGCUGGAGAAGAAGCAGAAGACAAGUGAGGCGAAACCAAGAAAAAGAAGAGUUUCUUUGCGGGAUCUGUUUUUCACUCCCGUGUCUAAUGUGUAUUUGUCGUUCCUCGCCCAUCGUCGGAACAAUCGGCAAAGGAUUCCCGAAAAAGAAUAGUCGACUGUCAUGUGCGUGAAAAAUAGUUCGAUUUUUUGGCUGCAGCCAUAAUCUUCCAGAGUUCCAGUUUAUCUGCCUCCCCUAGAACGCAGACCUCCUAUGCCAGCUGCGAAGGGGCAACUCGAAUACUGGGCGUGUGGUGCGGAAUACAGCCAUUAUUGAAAUAAUAAAAAAGUUCGGCGGUGAAGAAAUCGGUGUCAAUGAGUUUGCUAAUCGUAAGCAAGGUGUGAUUGUUACAGUUUGAGAAAAGUUCAUACAUCAAUCGAAAAAGUGAAUGUGUUGUUAGCACUGAUAGUGAUACAUUUUGAUAGGAGGUCCACUCCUUCGAGUUCGUUCGAAAUUCCGGAUUUUUUUUUUACUUUUAUCCGCCCGCUCGUUCCUUGGGGUUUAGCCAUCCAGACAAGAAAAACUCCCGAGAAUUCAUCUUUCAUUUUUCCAUACCUUCGAAAGACGAACAACAGCUGCACUCAUACAGUCUCAUUUAAUACUCAGAUCUAGAAAAGCGAAAAGUUGCAUCUCGGUGUGUACCUUCACCGUACAAGCAGCAGAGCAUAGAAAACACAAAUUUACACAAAGGGAAUUUUCGUUCAGCAACCAACAACAGCGAAAAGGAGCAAAAUCUCCUCCUCGCCUCGCCGUUUUCUGAUCCCGCAUCGAAAUCCGGCCUCCGCCCUGAACUCAAUUCAGUUCUCUCUUCUCUUGCGUAUAGCCGAUCAUCGAAAAAUUAUCCUCUCCUAGUCCGUUUUCCCGUUGUUUUGGCGUGUAGGGAACCUGUCGGGAGGACACUCUCGCAACAGAGCAGGGACACCCCAAACGGAAAAAGGGACGCACGAUUUGGCUGUCAAAAACCAGAAAAAAAAAGUUUGUUGUCACUGUUGUUGCCAUAUUCCGGUGCCGGACGCAAGAGGCAGCAACGUUUGCGAAAAACGUGAAACGAAUUUCGGUAGUGCAGCAGAAGGCGAAGAGAAGAAUAGCAGGAAGAAACCGUAAACGAACCGAACAAGCAGCAAAGAAGGGAAGUCAGCGUGGCAGCGACAACGAUAAAAGUACCCCCGUCAGCAGUAGGAGCAGCAGCAGCAGCAGCGGCCGGAGUCGACACAGCUGCGAAAAAUAUGUGCGAACAAAGUAUUAUAGGGGCCCGCGCUUCGGUCAUGGUGUAUGACGACGGUCAGAAGAAGUGGAUUCCGUCGGGCAGCUCGUCCGGCCUCAGUAAGGUGCAAAUUUUUCACCACCAGCAGAACAACACAUUCCGAGUGGUGGGCCGCAAGCUGCAGGAUCACGAGGUCGUCAUUAACUGUUCGAUCAUCAAGGGUCUCAAGUAUAAUCAGGCGACGGCAACGUUUCACCAGUGGCGGGACUCGAAGUUCGUCUAUGGGUUAAAUUUUUCCAGCCAGCAGGAUGCGGAAGCGUUUGCCCGGGCCAUGAUGCACGCGCUGGAGGUGCUAAGUGGACGAGUUCCUCCACCGUCGAUGCAAACAAAUCCCAAUCAAAAUCAGUUAGCAUACGAAGAGGAUAUGGGCUAUCGUACCAUGACCCGAGAGGAUGCAGCAAUAAUGCAACAGCAGCAACAGCUUACGGGUCAACAAGUGCCACCACAGCCCCCCGGCAUACCCGGUAGUGGCCCACCGGGCAUUCUUUCACCUCAAACACCAACUUCACAAGUUAUUCUACCCGGUGGGGGCCAAAUCGGUGCUGGGGGAGGAAUGGGCGGCGUGCCUAACACCAUGUUAAAUCAACAACAGCAACAACAGCAGCAGCAACAACAGCAGCAACAGCAACAACAACAACAGCAGCAGCAGCAGACUCAUCACCGCACGAACAGUGCACCUCCGGUUCCACAACCGCCCGUUCUUCCGACAAACCAGAAACCUAUUUAUGCAUCACAACAAAGCAACACCAGCACAAACAGUAUUACUUAUGGAAGCAAUUCGCAACCACAAUAUCAGCAACCAAUUUAUGUAGCAUCGAAUCAAAAUCAGUUGAUUAAUCAGAUGGCCUCGCAAGUUCCAACGCCACCGAUGCCGAACGGCGCAAUUUACGCCACAGCAACUUGCUCGCCCAACACGAGCAGUAACGCCAAUCCGAUCUACGCCGGACAACAGCUAAUGGGAAUGCCUGCGGGACAGACAAACAGCUACGGACAAACGAAUGGCACCUACGGCGUACAACCCCAGUACGGCACACCUCCGGUUCCCCAAAUGCCAAUGCAACAGAUUCAGCAACCAGCGCCUCAACUACAACAGCAAGUAAGCACCCCACCGCAAGCACCACCUCCACCGAUGCCACCGGCAUUUCCACUAUCGGCGCCAUCCAUUGUUCCUCAGCCACCUGCACCACCGAUUCCACCGGUUAACGCUGGGGCUCCACCUCCACCUCCACCGCUACCCGGGGCCGGUUUACUCGGAGCAAAGGGAUCGGACGGUGGAAUCAACACUCUAGCGCUACAGCUCGCCAAUGCCAAGUUAAAACGAAGUCAACCGCCGAAGUCGACCACUCCGGCGCCACCGGUUUCCACCGUCACGGAGAACAGCGGCAGCAGCACCUCUAGCGGAGGUAGUGGUAAUUAUGGAACCAUAGGACGAUCAUCCUCUGGAAUGGCAUCGAUGAUGGACGAGAUGGCAAAAACUCUGGCACGACGACGGGCACAAGCAGAAAAGAAGGAGCCGGACUCCAACGACGAUGCCGGGGGCCAGUCGUCAACGCGCCAGCGGGCGUGGGAGAAGUCAAGUACGCUACCGCACAAACUGGGCAGCAGCAAUCAAGCGAACGCGAACAGCAGCAACCUAAGUGGUUCCGAAUCGCCAAAACCAUCGCGGAAACGAUUUGGCAGCGCCAGCGAAGAAACGAUACUGAAGCAAAUCAAUGGAGAUAGCUUUUCGCUGCCCAGCUCGGUCGAGCUGGAGAACUUUAAGGAGGAACUAAUGCGGGAAAUGCGAAGCGAAAUUGCCAAGGCAAAGCAAGAGAUCAUAGAAGCUAUUAAAUCCGAAUUCAACCGGAGGUAAAAAUGUUGUCUUUUGACAGACGUGUACUGAAAUCUAUUUGCGAAGGCUGGAUAGAGAAAUUUAAAAUGCUAGAAUUUGGAUCGUCGUCGCGAUCAACCGGGGUUGGACCUUCUUGGGCAAUUGGGGGAAUGAGAGCAAGGGGCGCUAUGGAGAGACACAAUUUAACCCAAACUACGUUGUAUAAUGCGUAACCGACCGACCGCCCGAGGGUUAGCUUUUUAUAGGUUCUAGACUAACGGACGGGUACACGUGCACACCCCGCCCUAGAAUUUACACCCUUUUUUAUUGAUGAUUCCGUAUGCGGUGCAUAGCAAUAGUGUUAAACGAAGCGAUCAAAGGUUGAGCAAGGAGGAAAGCUAAAUAUAUGGAAGUAUCAUAUAUGAAAUUAUAAAAUUUGAACAAUUGAUAAAUAUACAGCUACGUUAGAAGCAGUAAUUACCGAAUAUUAUCGAAGUAAAAAAAACAGCAGCAAUUACAAUUUCAUUGGGUAAAACAACAACAAAGGGAAUAUUAUCAGAAACAACAAUAACACAACAGCAAAUGCUAAACGACUUAUCAACAACAAAAUAUAUCUUAUCCGGAUUAGAAGACUUCAAAUAGGGCUUUUAACCUGUGAGGGAAACGAAACACACACAUAUAAAUAACACUAAAAGUAUGCUACAUUUUUUAUUCGGCGUCUAUAAGAAAACCCCCGUUCAUAGGAGGCGACAAACGGAGUUAGUUAAAGUCGGUUACAACAAUAAUCUCGUCAUAGAAUUAAAGAAAAAAUAACAAUACAAUUUACCCCGCGUUUCACGGAAGCGGCAGAGAAGAAGGAAAAAAAUGUCACCCUAAGCAAAACAAAAGGAUCGUAUUUGACUCCAUAGAACCGAGUAAAACAAUUGGAAAUAAACACACUGACCAUUCAUAUUUAAUCUAAAAAAAACAAGCUAAAGUAUCUAGUUGUACGACGUAUGAAACAUAACACAGAUAGGUGAAGAAGCAAAAGUAAUUAACAUUAAAUUCAUGAGCUCGGUAACUCACACUCUGAUCGAUGUUUUAUAGUUUUCGUUUUGCCGUUCAGUUUUUCGACUUGCUGUAUUUCUAAUCUCAUCUUCAUUAUUAGCAAGUGUAACGCGUGUAAUUGUUGUUGUUCGAAUCGAGGGCGCCUGAAGAGUCCUUUAACAGUAACUAACGGAUGACGAGAAGAACCUUACGAUGGAUCCUGUUACAGAAAGAAGCAAAAAAAAACAAACCUAAUUCGAAGUUUACUGUAGAUCUAAAAAACGCAUUACAAAAUAGCAACACACAGCCAUUUUUACACCUUAGAAAAGAAGUCAAACUAUCAUGAGAAGCGGCUAUAAUCUAACCUAAGCGAAUAAUGUGACAUCAAAUUUACACCAUUCUACUACACGACGACGUUCGUUGAUUGGCGAUCGCAACGACAUCAUUUCCACUCGUCCUUACGUUGUGUAAUAGGAAUCCCACUUCGGCCGUGUUUUCAUGCUGUGCUAAAUCAAGCGUCGAAAAGCCCGGCAACAGAAGAAAUACAGGAAAAUCAAACGCAUGCAUUUAGUGUGUAAAUAAACUAAACUAUGAUUACUAAUUAUUACUACACAAACAAAGCGGAAGCGGAAAAGUAGUAGUGUUCAGCCAAUAUGCAUGUUUACACGAAGGUCGGUCCCCUGAACAGAGAAAGAGAAAAAACAAGGCAUUUUCAAAGAACAAAAAUGCCAACUACCAGUAAUCGGAAAUUUUGCUAGAAAAAAGUGGAAUUUUACGGAAAGUAUUUCACACUCGCAUUGAUUGGUAUUAUUGUAUAUUUUUUUCUAUUGGCAUUUUGCUAUUUUUUCGAUCAACCAACUUCGAAACGUCGAAUGGAAAUUUUAAGUUCGGAAAGUUUUACGAUUUAAUUGAAGCAGCAACGCCCUCGACAGAAAGCAUUUAAACAAAGCCAAGUAAUAAAGUUGUUACUUUUCCUAAAGCUGGCUGCAAAUCUGUAAUACCGCUGGUAAUGAACCAAAAUUCUGUCUGAAAUGUCCCAAGCCAAACUGUUUUUUUCGGUUAAGAAUGCAGAACAUAAGUUCGAUCCAAAUUUACAUACUUUUACACUGCUCACAGAAGUGCUAAAAGCAGGUAGACUUUGUAAUUAUUUCCCACAAGCAAGCAAUUGGCUAUAGGCAAGGCACACGUUAGAAGCCGAACUUAUUUAUUGCAGAACUUAGAAUGUAUAGAAAUAUUCGAUGCAAAGCACUGUCAACAGAAGCUCUGUUCCACCACCUACACUUUUAACUAAUCCUUUGUUUAUUUUAAGCAUUUCGCUGUAAUGUCGUUACAAAAAUAGUAGCUCUAGGCUCCUUUUAUAUUGAAAUUAUAAUAUAUCAAACUUAGGCGCUUAUGGGUGUGUGUAAAAUUGUGUUGAUGAUAGCGGAUAUUGAAGAUAACAAAAGAAAAAAAACUGAGACGUGAUCUAGAACGGAAAAUGGAAAACAGUUCAGCGCUCUGUGUUGUAGUCGGGAAUGCAAAUCCUAAGCAAAAACUUUCACACAGUAUUAAACAAUACUACUUGUAAUAAUUUAAACAAAGAAAAAAUCGGCAUUUUGCUACGUAAAAAGCACAUCACAACAGUCGAAGGAAGCUGCAGAAGGAUGGCAUUCCCUGCCUGACAAGCGACGUUGAAAGACACGAAAAAGGCAUCCCUCUCAAAGAGGGCGGGCGCUAACUUUUUCCGAACCGAACUGAAAUUGGCCAUGUAUCGAAACUACUUUCGUUAUAAUAGUUUUUUUUUUGUGUAUAGGAUUUAAUCUAUUCUUGCUUACUUUUAGCCCCCCACUUUUAAACGUAUCCUCAUCAAAGUACUAACUUAUUCCUUUGUGCUAUAGCGACAUAAUGAAAUACGUCUGGAUGCCAAAAAUUUAGUCAUUUCGUUUUACGAUGCAGAUGCUUGUAAUCCUGCUUUUAUUGCGCGCCUCUAAUUACAAACAAAUUCAUGUGCUUUGUUCAUUUUACUUUGCGAAGGUGUUUAUGUAGUCUGUAUAUUUAAAACAAAGCAUGUAUCGAAAUCCAAUGCUUUACCUAUAAGCUUCCUACAAAAAGCUACAAAUGAAAUACAAAAAAAAAGUAAUAGUAAUAUAUUAUACCAAAUUGUGUUUUGGACAAACAUUGUGCGGGAAAAAAUCAAAAUCUAAAAUUCCAAAUUCGGAUGACAAACUAAGAGAGAUGACCACGGGAAACAAAUUGUGAAUAACGGAUAUCUCUUAUAUAAUUUUGUGAUUUUAUGUUUACUAUUUUAUUUACAUUAUAAAUAUAUACAAGACAGAAAAAAUAGACACAGAAAAAAACGAAUAUGAAGUAGAGGUUUACUAACGAUUUACUACGUCAAACGAAAUAGUGUUUUCCGGAAAACAGAAAAGAGGAAAGGUCGAUUGCAUCGGAGAGCAACAAAUAUUGUUACUAAUAAAUAGCCUCCCAUAAAAAAGGGAGAGAAAUACAUAAACACACACACAAACCGGACACACACAGUACACACAUACAAACACACGCCAACAACAAAAGGAAAACAUGCAUAGAUAACCUAAAUUUUUUAAAAAUUAACGAUAAAAAAUAU